AUGAAGCGUGUUCUUGUAGGGUAUGGGAUCGACCUGGACGCCAUCAGUGGAUGGAUCAACACGAGAAAUGGUACUCCGGCAUCAGCCACCGACGUCUCGCGAGGUGUCUUUGGAGCCACCUUUGGCACGGAUCGUCUGUUGAAGCUGUGGGACAAAUACAACAUCAAGACCACAUGGUUCGUCCCAGCGCACACUGCCGUCUCUUUCCCGGAUGCAGUGCGGAAAGUUCGAGACGCCGGGCACGAAAUAGGCCUUCACGGUUGGACACAUGAGUACGUGACCACGCUGGACGAGGAGCAGCAGCGCGAGGUCCUCCGAGAAUCCAUCGAGGUCAUCACCGAGAUUGCAGGCACGCGACCGAAGGGAUGGACGGCGCCAGGGUUCGAGGCCUCGCGCCAGACGGUCCAACUGCUGGAAGAGUUCGGGCUCGAGUACGACCACAGCUUCAUGUACCAUGACUCGCAGCCGUAUUGGCUGCCAUAUGUCCCGACGUGGAAGGAGACGAGCAUGACGCGGGUUCGCGCCGACGGAGAACCCCCCGUGAAGGCUUCUGACUGGAUGGUGGGCAUGUCGGCGCUGCAGCCCAGCUCGAUCGUCGAAAUACCGGCCAACUGGCACCUGGACGACUGGCCGCCGCUGCAGCUGAACCUCAAGCAGGCCAGUACGCACGGAUUCGUCGACCCAUACGUGGUGGAGAGGCUUUGGAAGGACCAGUUCGACUUCUACUAUCGCGAGUACGACCAGUUCAUCUUCCCCAUCUCCAUCCACCCGCAAGUCAGCGGCAAGGCGCAGGUGAUACUGAUGCAUGAGAGGCUGAUCGAAUAUAUUAACGGCCACAGCGGAGUCAAGUGGUGUACUAUGGCAGAGAUGGCACAGGAGUUCCGAGACGGCACUCUGGAGGGAGUGACUGUAACAGGUGGUGUCACUAUACCCCAUUCACUAGGGGUUGAUCAGUAA